CUGAUAUAAAUACCGCCCAACAAGCUUUGGAAUAUGUGUUUCAAAUUAGGGACAGUAACUGUGGGUUGGGAACUGGGGAAGUCCUUCCCCUUCAGUUUGACGUCAAGGCGUGGAACCAGUAUACGGAUCCUGCUAUAAGAACAGCCAAUUUCUUAUCAAAAAUCCUUCAAAUCAAUGAUGGAACAUUGGAUUCGCUUACAGACGAAACAUUCUUUCUUCUUGUUAGAAACAAUGUUCAUGGAGAUUCGUUAAUCUUUGGAUCUGCUAUUGCUAUUGAAAAUGGUGUUUACAGUAAAUAUAACAUAUUCUGUCCCUAUGCAUACAAGAAAAAUAACACAGUGCGGUCACAUGAUAUAUCAAUCAAUUACAAUUACCUUGAUCCGACAACAGAAUGGUAUAACAGUGUCAAGAUCAAAAACUGGAGUAACGUUACUAUAGCAAAAGAUGGUAUUCAGUACAGACAAGAUAAUAGUCUUCUCCCUGAAGUACAAGAGGAAUAUCCCAUUGCCAAGCUUGCUGAUGGACAUUGGACGAAUCCAUAUUACGACUGUGGGGGCGGUGACAUAUGGAUGGUUACAUACUCAUCUCCUAUAUUUAAACUGACCAAUGGCGUUGCACAUUUUCAGGGUGUAGCAACCAUAGAUAUAGAGCUGACAUACAUUGACAUAAACCAAUGUGACAUUGACGUGGACGCCACGUCAUCGGGCCUUGACGUCUUUCGUGGCACACACAAAUGUCAAAAAACUACCAAGUGUGUUCCAGUGACAGGUAUGGGAUUCGUGCCCGGGGCUUACAACUGUUUCUGCAAGGAUGGGUUUUAUUUCUCAGACAAGUCCAAAUCAGUACAAGCGUACACUGGCAAGGAGAUAGAAGAGUAUUUCAGACAGACUGGUAACAUAGAAGAUGGACUAUUUCAAUGUGUUGUCUGUGCUGAGGGAUGUGACACGUGCGUUGACGAUUCCCCGUGCUUGUAUAGUAGAAAUGAACCGUUGAUGAUUACACUUUUAAUUCUAGAUUUAUUAACUGUUGCCGGGAUCAUAGGGAUUGCUAUUGCUACAUACUUGUAUAGAAUCGAAUUGGUGAUAAAGUCGGCCAGUCCUAUAUUUCUCGAGUUGAUGUGUCUGGGCGGAUUAUUUAUAUGUGUACAGUUUUUCGUUUAUUAUACUGAUGCGUCACAUAUAGUGUGUAGUGUCAGGAUUUGGCCUCGUCAUCUUGGAUUCUUCAUUAUGUAUGGUUCACUCAUAUUGAAAACAUGGAGAAUAUCUAUGAUUUUCUCUGUUGGAACUCACAAACGUGUUCGCCUUCCCGAUCAGGUGCUUUUACAAAGGUUUGCACUUAUGAUUCUUCUUACAAUCGCCAUUUUGUGCGCAUGGAACGCUAGUCAGCCACCGGAAGUUGAAACGUUCAAGACGUCUGCUGACUUGAAAUUUCAUGUAUGCAACUUUGGCCCGUGGGAAUAUGCAGUAAUGGGAGUUGAGAUCAUAUUGUUAUUGUACGGCGUAUACUUAUGUUUCACCGUUAGAAAAGCCCCAGCACACUUUAAUGAGAGUAAACAUAUAACAUGGGCUGUUUAUAACGCAAUUAUUCUUGGCAGUUUUAUGUCAUUCAUGUCACGAACAUUAAUUUCAGUCAUUGGUCCUGAUAUGAUGUUGUUAAUACAGUUUGCUCAACUACAGGUGUACGCUACAGUCACACUCCUUAUUUUAUUUGUGCCUAAGUUUAUGGCAAUCAAGAAAAGGUUGGAUAUCGAGCUACCUAACCCAGGAAUGGCGACAACACAUCAAACUAUACAGACUGUUACUGGACGUAUAAAGAAAAGCCAGAUUUCUCCACUACCAGCUAUACUGAAGGCGCAUGCAACAACACAAACGCAAUGGGACUUUUAG